AUGGCUGAGCCUGAGCGUAAUCCUAACCAGCAGAGAGCCCCAAGACCUCACCCCACCGCCACAGCCUCCACUUUCUUACAAAAAAUCCAAACUCAUGCACCAAACUCCACCCAAGUUCUUGGUUUUUUAACCCUCUUCGUUUCCGCUUCAAUCACCGUCACCGCCGCCAUUCUUGGCUUCAUCUUUUUUAUGCCACUGAUCCUCCUUUCUAGCCCCAUAUGGUUCCCAGUAGGCACCUUGCUCUUUGCCACCAUAGCCGGGUUCUUGUCAGCAUGCGGUAUCGGAAUCGUGGCCGUGGCAGGGUUAUGUUGGAUGUAUCGCUACUUGAGAGGCAUGCGCCCACCAGGUUCAGACAGGGUUGACUAUGCGCGGAGCAGGAUAUAUGACACCGCCAGCCAUGUCAAGGACUGUGCUAUCGAAUAUGGUGGUUACUUGCAAAGCAAGGUAAAAGAUGCAGCUCCUGGUGCAUGA